AUGAGGCUACUAUCUUGGAAUUGUCAGGGUCUAGGGGCUGACCUGACUGGGAAACAUCUGAAACGUUUGAUUAAACGUAACAGCCCCUCUAUGCUUUUUCUAAUGGAAACUCGUCAGAACGAAUCCACCAUCCUUUCUUGGAAAAAGACAUUGAAUUUUGACCAUGUUUACGUGGUUGACCCGGUGGGUCAGAGCAGUGGUGGCCUAGCUCUGUUUUGGGACAACUCUGUCCAAGUCUCCAGUAUCACAAGCACGCAUAACUAUAUUUCUACUUCUGUACUUUCUGUUGCGGACUCUUUCCUUUGUAAUAUCUCUUGGAUGUAUGGGAACCCCCACUCUAAUCAAAAAAAUGCUUUCUGGCGUUCUGUUUAUACUGCUUUCUCUCCCAGAUUAAUUCCUUGGUUGUGUUUAGGGGACUUCAAUGAAAUUUUGUGGCUCCAUGAGAAGUGGGGAGGUUUACCUCAACCAAGAUGGAGGCUGAACCUCUUUCGGGAGUUCCUCUCACACACUGAACUUUCUGAUCUCCAGUUUCAAGGCCCGGACUACACUUGGUUCUGCACCCAACAUGGCAGAAUCGUCAUCAAAGAGAGAUUGGACAGGGGGUUGGCAAAUAAUUCUUGGAUCGCUGCCAAACCCUGUUCUCAGAUCUUUCACUUACCCAAACUCGGAUCUGAUCAUCGUCCAAUUCUUUUUGAUACCUCUCCCCCGGAGGUCAAAGCCCCUCAUGUGUUUAGGUUUGAACACCUAUGGACAUCUCAUCCGGACAGCUUCCAGGUGGUCUCUUCUAAUUGGUCCACUACUCCAACUACAUCUGCAUCCCAAACUUGGGAAGAUAACUUGAAUCGGUGCAAAUCUUCACUUUCCACAUGGGCCUCUAAUACUUUUCCAAACUUUGCAAAGAAAGUCUCCACCGACACCCAGUUGAUUCAAGACAUCCUUCAGUCUGACCAAACUGACCAAGUUGACCAACCAUGCGCACAAGAGUCCAUCCGUCAGGCAUCUGACAAUAUCCUGUCCUUGUGGUCCAUUGAGGAGUUGUAUUGGAAACAGAGGUCCCGUGUUUCCUGGUUAGCUCAUGGGGACGCCAACACACGUUUUUUUCACCAAACCACCCUCAUGAAUCGUCGCCGAAACAAAAUUCUCCGGCUCGAUGAUGGCAAUGGCAGUUGGUUAACCAAGGAAACUGAAAUUGUGUCUCAUCUUACUCAAUACUUCAAGGAUAUUUACACGGGUUCCCCCCCUACUCUUGUGGAUGAGGUCCUCCAUUUUGUGGAUCCGGUCGUUACCUCGGUGAUGAACGAUGCUCUUUUGGCUGACAUUUCCCUCACUGAUGUUCAUCAAGCUGUCUUUGAGCUGGGAGCUCUUAAGGCUCCUGGUCCGGAUGGCUUCUCAGGAACUUUUUAUCAAGCUUAUUGGGAAAUUGUCAAGGAUAUUGUUCUCAAUGCUUCCGGCCAGAUUCUCACUACUGCCUCUGUUCCUGAGUCCUUCAAUUGUACGAAUAUUGCCCUGAUCCCUAAGGUGGAUGUCCCACAAUUGGCAUCUCAUUUCCGCCCAAUUGCACUCUGCAACUUUGCUUACAAAAUUCUAACCAAGAUCAUCUCCAAUCGGUUGAAACCUUUUAUGCCCGAUCUUAUAUCUGAAAACCAAUCUGCCUUUGUCACUGGGAGACAGAUUCAGGACAACAUUUUGGUGGCCCAUGAGAUGUUUCACCAUCUUAAGCUCCUGAAGGGUGCUCAAGGUGGAGAGUUUGCUUUGAAAUUGGACAUGAACAAGGCUUAUGAUCGUGUGGAUUGGGAUUUCCUUCGUUUGGUCAUGCUUAAAAUGGGUUUUCACCCCACUUGGGUACAGUUAGUAAUGUCCUGUGUCACUACGGCAUCUCUUGCUAUUAUUGUCAACGGUGCUCCGGGAAAGAAAUUCAAGCCAACUAGAGGCCUUCGACAGGGAGACCCUCUCUCUCCUUUUCUUUUCCUUUUCAUUAAUGAUGUUCUCUCAUCAAUGAUAAGGAAAAUAUGCUCUAACAACCUCCUUGAUGCAAUAAGGAUUGGAGUUAAUGGUCCUUUGGUGAGUCACCUGUUCUUCGCUGAUGAUUCCAUUUUUUUCCUCAAGGCAACCCCCUACAACUGCGAGGUCCUUCUUGACACUCUCAAUAGCUACUGCUCUGCUUCUGGUCAGUCGGUAAAUCACCAAAAAUCGUCUCUAUUCUUCAGCCCAAACACCUCUCCGGAUGUGGUUUUGCACAUUUCCUCCAUUCUUGGCAUGGGGGCUGUGUUAGACCCGGGAAGGUAUUUAGGGCUACCCACAAUCUGGGGUCGAUCAAAGGUUGCAGCUCUCUCUUAUGUUAAAGAUUCAAUUGAGAAAAAGAUCUCGGGUUGGCAUCAGUCCUCUUUGUCCCAUGCUGGAAAGGAAACUUUGAUAAAAUCAGUCGCCCUAGCUGUCCCAGCCUACCCUAUGACGGUCUUCAAAUUCCCUGUCUCUCUCUGCAAUCAGAUCAACUCAUCUCUGGCCAACUUCUGGUGGGGAACCUCGGCAACUAAAGGCAUUCACUGGAAGAGUUGGACCCUACUUGGCCUCCCCAAGCCUGAUGGUGGGAUGGGGUUCCGUAACAUUGCGGAUUUUAACUUGGCUCUGCUAGCUAAACAAGCUUGGCGGUUACACUCCAAUCCCGAUGCAUUGUGGGUGAGGGUCCUAAAGAAUCGCUAUUUUCCAAACUCGUCCUUUUGGGAAGCGGCAAGGGGUUCUUCUCCAUCAUGGGCUUGGUCUAGUAUUCUUGAAGGUCGGUCUCUUGCUUCGGCUGGAUCUUUAUGGUGUAUUGGGUCGGGAACCUCUGUCAACCUUUGGAAGGAUAACUGGAUCCCCAAUCUGCCUAAUUUCAACUUGAGAACUCACCCCACACCCAAUGAUUCAAAUCGACUGGUGGCCUCUAUUAUUGACAGAGACACUCAUACUUGGAAUCUCACGACUCUGCAAUCUACCCUCCCGGUAGAGACCAUCAAAGCCAUUCAAGCCACAUCUUUUGGCUCCUCUACUGAUCCGGACCGUUUAAUUUGGUCUGCCAACCCAACGGGCACAUACACGGUUCACUCUGGAUAUAACUUUCUGGUCAAAUCCUCCAUUCCCGCUCUUUCUGCUCACCCUCAUCAGUCUCACAUUGUUUCUCCGCUGGUCUGGAAGUGGAUCUGGUCUGUACGCGCUCCCCCCAAGGUUAAACACUUUUUAUGGCGGGCUACAUCUAAUGCUCUGGCAACAAAUCGAAAUCGUCACCACAGGCAUCUAUCUCUUUCUCCGCUGUGCACCUUCUGCAAUUCCCACCCGGAGACUACUGAGCAUAUCUUGUUCCUAUGCCCGUGGGCUCUCCAGGCCUGGUUCUCUCACCCGCUCUCCUACCAAGUCAAUCAACAGUCUAUCACCACUUUGGAUGCAUGGAUUCUGGGCAUUUUUGGAAAGGAUGGUUGCUUUGGACCUACGGACCCAUCUUUCCCAACUCAUGUGGCCUUCUUACUCUGGUACAUUUGGAAACACAGGUGUGACUGCAUAUUCAACCACUCACUGCCUAACCCAGUGGUUGUGUCUGCAAAUGCUUAUUCUGCAGCAAUGGAGUUCCUUCGAAUCCCCCCUUCAUUGCAACCUCCAAAGCACUCCCUCCAUUAUCACUCCACUGGAACCCCUCACCCUUGGGUACCCCCUCCUGUUGGGAGGGUAAAGAUCAACACGGAUGCAGCUUGGGAUUCCUCUUUGAAUUCUGGGAUUGCGGCAAUUGCUCGAGAUUCUUCCGGAAUCCUUAUUGGUGGCUCAGCUAGAAGCACCCUUGCUUCUUCUCCAAUGGCUGCGGAAGCUCAAGCUAUUUCUCUUGGGCUCGAGCUAGCUAUCUCUCUCUCCCUUUCUUCUUUUCAGCUUGAAUCAGAUUCCCUUGUGCUGAUUUCGGCCCUUUUGAACCCACUUUCGACGGUGGACUGGACUGCUUCGAACAACAUAGCACACAUUCGUGUUCAAGGUGGUCUUUUCCAUCGUGUUAACUGGCUCUGGUCCAGUAGAUCAGCCAAUGCGGCAGCAGACCUGGUUGCGUCGCUGGCUAAGCGCAGGGUGUGCCCGGAUGAUUGGACCUCCAAUCCUCCUCCCUCCCUAAUGCGAAUCCUUCUUUUUGAUGCUGUAACAGAUCCCCCUUAG